UACAGCACCUCCACCACCACACCACCCACUCUGACCCGGAGACGCACAGCUCGACGGCUCCUGGACUGCAGCUCGCUGAGUCUAGUAUUUUCUCUUGCCAGGAUGAGGAUCUGGUCGUGGAACAGUGUGGGGAGACCAGCCUGGUUCUCCUGGGUUCCUCACCCUAGCUCUGUCUGUAGGGAAACCUCUCAACCAGGGGACAGGAGGAAGCGGUGGCCUCUAACAGUCUCGAGGAUGAGCUGGAAUCCACCACAUACUGGUGGGGGGAGUGGGCCAAGUGGACCGCCUGUACACGCACCUGUGGGGUUGGGGUCAUGUCCCAGGAAAGGCACUGUCUCAAACAGAGAAAGAAAUCAGCCACUGGUGGCAGCAACAUGACCUGCACUGGCACGUCGAAAAAAUAUCUCCUCUGUAACACCAAGGACUGCCUUCGUCUGGGAGAAGCUUCAGGGAAGAGCAGUGCUGGACUUUCAACUCACAGACAUACAAUGGCAGGAACUACCACUGGAAACCCCUGUAUCCGGAUGACUUUGUCCAUAUCUCCAGUAACCCGUGUGACCUGCACUGCACCACGGCGGACAGACAGAGGCAGAUGAUGGUUCCUGCUCGAGACGGGACCUCUUGCAAGUACAGCAGCUACAGAGGGGUCUGCGUGGACGGCAGAUGUGAGCCAAUUGGGUGUGAUGGAGUGCUCUUCUCCCCGAACACGCUUGAUAAGUGUGGAGUGUGUCAGGGGAACGGCAGCAGCUGCACCAGGGUCAAUGGAAACUUCCGACGCGGCGCCACCAACUUGGGUUACUCCUUUAUUACAACAAUCCCUGAGGGCUCCUGGGACAUCCAGAUCAUUGAGAGGAAGAAGUCAGCUGAUGUUUUGGCUGUGACCGAUCAGGCGGGGAACUUCUUCUUUAACGGGAACUACAAGGUGGACAGCCCCCAGAACUUCCACGCUGCAGGAACUGUCUUUAAGUACCGACGGCCCAUGGAUGUCUAUGAGACGGGGAUUGAGUACAUUGUGGCCAAAGGGCCCAUCGACCAAGCCAUCAAUGUUCUGGUGUGGAACCAGAACGGUCGUAUCCCGUACAUUACGUAUGAGUACACCGUCCUGCGGGAGUCCCUGUCCCCCGUCCCUCAGCCCCCAGUCUACACCGGCCCUGACAGCUCAGCCCCGGGGGGGUCACUGGAGAUGGGCACUAUGAUGGAACCCAAUGGGAGCUCUUAUGACAAAGCAGCCCCUGAGACCCAACACAGCCAGGUGCUGAAACUUGGGGCCAAGGAGCCAGGGGCCGACAGCCAGAAGGGCCAGGAGACCAAUGAAGUGUAUGAGGAGACAGCAGCAGUUGACUGUGGUCCGGACAGUCCAACCCCGCCACAAUACACAAACUGUAAUAGCAGUCAUCCAGCCGGCGGUGUGGCAGUCCCUGACCCGGCAGCAAGCAGGCCUUUAGAGGAGGUGCCACACUCUGAGAACCUCAUCUGGAGAGUCUUGCUGGGCAAGCGGAUUGGUGUGGACGAACUGCUCAUCAACAUUUCAACCAAUCAGCUACUGACGGAGGGAGGACUUUUCUCAUCGGAGGUGGGGCUGUCGGAGGGGGACUUCGGCAGCGUCGAGCAGGGAGGCCUGUUUCCCCUCAACGGCUCUCUUGGGGAGUUCAGUCUGGGCCGGCGGAGGAACGAGACUGGAGACCUGCUGUUCUCCAACAGGACACUGCUGCUGACGGGGAUGAAAAGCAACAACCGCACCAACAGAACCAGGACCAGUCAGAGGUUCCUACAGAAAAACUUAAAGCUGAGCCCUGCAGACAUGUACCGCUGGAAACUGUCAUCUCAGGAACCGUGCACCUCCACCUGUUCUAUAGGAGUGUCUAAGUCUUUUGCCAUGUGUGUGCGUUAUGACGGCAUCGAGGUAGACGACACACACUGCGACACGAUGACCCGACCUGAGCCUGUUCACGACUUCUGCAUCGGCAGAGAGUGCCAGCCCAGGUGGGAGGCGAGCACCUGGAGUGAGUGUUCUCGCACCUGUGGGGAGGGCUUUCAGUUCCGUCUGGUGCGCUGCUGGAAGAUGCUGUCGCCCGGAUUAGACAGCUCCGUGUACAGUGACCUCUGCACCCUGGCAGAACUGGAGAGGCCCUUGGAACGCCGCAUCUGCAAGAGCCCAACCUGCGGUCCCCAGUGGGAGGUGGCCGAGUGGGCUGAGUGUCCAGCCAAAUGUGGCCGUAGGGCCCUGGUGACCCGGGAGGUUCGGUGUUCAGAUGAAAUGAAAUCAUGUGAUCCCCUGACCGUCCCCCCUAACGCAAAGAACUGCACAGGCCCCCCCUGCGAGCGCCAGUGGACCGUGUCUGAAUGGGGGCCGUGCUCAGGGUCGUGCGGCCAGGGAAAGAUGGUGCGCCAUGUGUACUGCAAAACCCCUGAGGGCCGCGUGGUGCCUGAGUCCCAGUGCUCCCCGGAAAACAAGCCCCUGGCCAUCCACCCCUGUGGGGAGAAGGACUGUGGCCCCCACUGGCUCACUCAGGACUGGGAGAGGUGCAACACCACGUGUGGCCGCGGCGUGAAGCGCCGGAUCGUCCAGUGCGCCGGCAUUGCUGACGGGAAGUUCCAGACCUACGACGACGAGCAGUGUGUCAACACAGAGAGACCGGAGGAGGAGAACACCUGCUUUGAAAGGCCCUGCUUCAAGUGGUACACCACGCCCUGGUCCGAGUGCACCAAGACGUGUGGCGUGGGUGUCCGGAUGAGAGACGUGAAGUGCUACCAGGGCAGGGACAUCGUGAGAGGCUGCGACCCCCUGACCAAGCCCGUGGCCAAGCAGACCUGCGCCCUGCAACCCUGCCCCACCGAACCCCCAGAUGAGAGCUGUCAGGACCGGCCCACCACCAACUGCUCUCUGGCGCUGAAGGUGAACCUGUGCAGCCACUGGUACUACAGCAAGGCCUGCUGUCACUCCUGCAGGAGCCAGCGCAGCUCCUAGUGUGGCCUGACAUGCCGAAAACCCCACCUCCCAGCUCCCCCCACCAGGCUACUAUAUAACCAAACAGCCUGAUCCAAAUGAGAAGGACCAGUAGAAUAUGAUGAAGGCUUCGCACGGAAGCACAGCCACGCUCGCACGAUUCUUUCAAAGAUGCCAUUUGGGCACAUGCUACGAAACCCUGAAGUGUUGAGAAUUGAGGGGGGUGUGUGAGUAGAAGGUGAACUGAUGUAUCUGUUUGUGUUUUCAAGAGAGAAUCCUACCGCAGAAGUCUCUUAAACCAGCGCUGUCAUUACUCCUAAAAUAUUAAAAACGUCCUAUGACAACGGUCCACUCAUGUGGAAAGACAGUGUACAUUAAAUUAUUUCCUUGUCGACUAUACUGCAUGUCUAGAUUGUUAGGACAAAUAUGUACUAUGAAUAUUAUUUAAUUAUAUUUUCAAAUUAGUGCCGUGCACAAGAGGACCAUUCAGAGUGUUAUGAGAAAUAAUGUCAUAUAAAAUGUCUAAGGGCUUGGACAUCCCUCAUCUCUUUGUAACUUCCAUUUUCUUCUUCUGCCCCUCAUUUAUAUUCUUGUUAAUUUUUUUGUCAUUUUUGUAAAUCAGAUGCUCUUAACCAGAGUGACCUACACUGUCAGCAGGCCCAUAAUGCUAUUUCUAUAUUUUCCUGAUGUACAAUUAAUUUAUUGCUCAUCACACAUUGCCUUAUCAUUCAUGGCAUAUAAUUAUUGAAGUUAUGAAAUGUAAUUUAGCUAAGUGUGAAUGGGAGAGUGAAUUAAGAGCCUUGCGGACUAGUUAUCUGGCAUUUGAGGCUAAAUGUGCUGAUAUAUUUUCAGCCUUGUCUAACUUGAUUUCUUUUAUGGAAAAAAAUAGAAUGAACUGGCUCAUACUGGUGGCCUCAAUUAAAAAUGGGUGAUGUGGAAACUUUGAGAAAAAGUAUGGACUGGUCUGUAGCCAGGGCCGAUGCUUGGUUGCUGUCUGCCCCUGAUUUAGAGGGUAAGACUAGAGUCUACAAUAUGGCCAACAUGGACUGAAAGAUUCCUGAAACUUGAAAAGUUUGAAAUACAUUUAAAAGUGUAUCUUACUUUGACAGUAUAUAUGUCUAAUGUACUGUUAUAUAUUUAUGUAACGGAUACUGCUUUGUACAAAAAAUAUAUAAUUUACAUUUUGUACUGUUGUUGACUGACAUUUUCAAUGUAUUUACUUGUAUUUCCAUUAAAAGUCUGUAUUU